UAACAGGGGGCAUAACAGAAGAGCAGUUUCAGACACAUCAGCAGCAGUUAGUGCAAAUGCAAAGGCAGCAACUCGCUCAGCUUCAGCAGAAGCAGCAGUCUCAGCAUUCCUCACAGCAGGCACAUCCAAAAGCACAGGGCUCAAGCACCUCUGACUGUAUGUCUAAAACACUCGACUCAGCCAGUGCCCACUUUGCUGCAUCUGCAGUGGUCAGUGCACCUGUUCCAAGUCGCAGUGAGGUAGCCAAGGAGCAGAGUACAGGCCACAACAACAUAAACGGUGUUGUCCAGCCUUCAGGAACCUCUAAAACAUUAUACUCCACCAACAUGGCUUUAUCAUCCAGCCCAGGGAUUUCAGCUGUACAACUUGUAAGGACAGUUGGCCACACCACUACAAACCACUUAAUCCCAGCAUUGUGUACAAGCAGCCCUCAAACACUUCCCAUGAACAAUUCCUGCCUGACAAAUGCAGUACACCUCAAUAAUGUCAGUGUUGUUUCUCCAGUCAAUGUGCAUAUUAAUACACGGACUUCAGCACCAUCGCCAACAGCCUUAAAACUUGCCACAGUUGCUGCCAGUAUGGACAGAGUGCCAAAGGUUACUCCAAGCAGUGCCAUCAGCAGCAUAGCAAGAGAGAACCAUGAACCAGAAAGAUUGAGUUUAAACGGAAUAGCAGAAACAACAGUAGCUAUGGAAGUGACAUAACCUAAAACAUGUGGCUUUGACCUGUGUGAUGGUAUGCAGUCAUUCAUAUUCCAGCUGAAUGCAAAAGGCAACACUCUGUGGAUCACAGAGCAUAACAAUGGACCUAAAUGGACUAUAGUAUAUCGGAUGUUAAAUCGAUAUAUGAUGUAUAUUUUGUAAAAUUGGGAAAAUCACUACCUUGUAAAAUAGUUUAUUUGUAUCAUCAAUAUUAUUUCUGUUACUUGAAUAGUAGAUAUUCAUCAUCAUGCUUUUGCACUUGAAUUUGCAACUGAAUGGAUUUUAAAAAAUAAUUCUUUAAUGGGAUCAUGAGCAUGAAAUGGGAUCCUGCAUCACUUGUUUUAACUAUUUAUUUUGCCAUGUUUACAUUUUGUAUCUUGUAAAAAAUAAAUCCAACUUUGUGUCUAAAAGUUAAAGAUUCAUAGCUAGGAAAUGAAAUUCUUGUAAUUUUUUUCUAAAAGAACUGUAAAGUUUUCACCUGGUUCAUUUUGUUUCACAGUUUGACUAGAUGGGCUUUUUGGUAAAUACUUUCGUGGCAUUUCACUGUCAGAUAUGAAGUUGAAGGCAAAAUAGUAUUUUCUAUUACCGUGCAGGGGAAAGGGAUGGAUCGAUACAUGCAAAUUUAAUGGAGUAACUCACUUUUCCAUAUAUUUUGAAUGUAUAUUUCUAUUUAUAAUACCAGUUUAUAAAAAAUAAUUACACAGAAAAAUGGAGUAGGAAAAAUUAUGCAUCUAGCACACUUAAACUGUGCAGAUAUGAAAAUUUUUCAAGGAUUACAUUUUAUCUGAAGACUGCAUAUUUUAACUGGCUUUAAAACUGUAACACACCACAUAAAAGAUAUUUACCAGGUAUGUAUUGCAUUAUAUCAUUGCAAUAAUUAUUGGAAGUCUAGAUAUCGAGCCAUCCCAGGUGUUGGGGGGGAGGGUUGUGGCAAGAUUGUCUUUUCAAUUUUGGAGAGUUUUCCUGUGGCUACAAGGCAAGUAACGGGUUGGAAAAAGUCUGACUGUAAGUGUUGGACACCUUCAUAGUGUAGUGUUUUAGUGACUUUUUUUAUACGGUUCUUGUAAAUUAGAUACGUGUAGUGGUGUUUCAGAAUGUUUGUUUAUGCACUAGUUCAGACACCUUUCCCUGUUACUUGUUCUUGAUAAGUGAAAACUGCAGGGAAAUAAAAAAUACAUAUCAAAACA